AUGGGACUUGAUGUCAGCUCCAAUAACUUCUUGUUUUGUCCACUUCACAAUCAAGAAACACUGAAGUUAUUUUGUGAGACGUGUGAUGUACUUUUGUGCCGCCAUUGUCUUCUAUUGGACCAUAAAGAUCACAGGUUUCGACGUCUUGAUGAGGCUUUGCAGAACCAACGCACCCUCUUAGAGAAUGUUGUGUCUCAAGUAGAAGAAAAGAAAAUUGUGGUUCAAGCAGCAGGCAAACAAGUUGAGGAUAGGCUCUAUGAAAUAAAACACAUGCACAGAAAAGUAGAAAACCAGAUCAAAAUGACAAAGAUGGUCAUUAUCAAUGAGCUGAGCAAGCGGAUGAACCUUUUGUUGGAGCAACUUGAGAAAAUCACAAGUGAAAGGCAGCACAAAUUUGAACAACAACUGCAGUCAAUAUUGGUUCUAAACCGCCAGCUUGAACAUGUACAAAACUUUAUUAACUGGGCAAUGUAUGGCAAAAACAGCCUUCCCUUCCUUUUCAGCAAAGAACUGAUUGUUUUUCAAAUGCAACGGCUUUUGGAAGCCAACUGUGGUUCUGAUUUAGGACGUCCUCAGAAGAUGAAAUUUAGUUGGGAGCCAUCAUACUGGACCAAACAAAUAGCAAACUUAGGUUGCAUAAUAACAGAAAAUGGUAACUUAGCUCAGCCAGAAACUCCAGGCUAUGUAAAUAAUGAAGAUGUGCAGUCAUCUUAUUACCAAAGCCAGCACCCUUCAAACAUACCCCAUACUGGAUCUGUCACUAAUUCCCAAAGCUAUGCAUCCACCGUCCAAUGCCCAACACCGAUCUGUUGCAACCACUGCCACACGGUGCCUCCACCAUCAAAAGUUCAACCUGCAAAUAGUUCAGUAAACCAUCCCCUAAGCUACAUGCACCCCCCUGGGAUAAAGCAGCAGCAUGUCUCACCCAUUCAGUAUAAUGCUACCAAAGAGCAAAGAUGUGUAUCUCGACCUCUGAAGUUGGUACAACCUUGGUUAACACAUCAACCUCCCACUGAACAUGAAAACUCACCAUAUUGGCUGGAAAAUCAGCACCAGAGACAGCAAAUACCUCCACCCUUACAAAAUGCACCUUCCAUUUGCUCUGUUACAGCCCAGGAGUUUAAUCAAGUUCACAAUGUGCAUGCAAUCCCAAUGAGCACGCAAACACCUGUGCAGGCACCAUCUGUGCAGGCACCAUCUGUACAAAUGCAACUUGGUCCUGUGCAUAACCUCAACCACCUGCAACAACAAAGACAUCAGAGCACACAGCAGACUCCUGUAUGCCAAGCAGAGAGUGCACAAGAACAAGUCAUGCAUCAUAGUUUAGAUCUCAUAAACCAACAGUUUGAGCUGGAACAAAUGCAGAAAGGCCUUGAACUUCUUCUCCAGAGCCAACCUUCAAACGUACAGCUCAACCAAAAUAAGCAGCCCCAGCAUGUACAGCAAACUAUAGUUGGGCAAAUUAACUAUAUAGUACGACAGCCAGCAAAUGUGCCUCUACAGUCCCAAGAUGAUGUCCAACCGGUCUGUGAUGAACCAAUAUCUCCCGGGGGUCAGACAGUAGAUCUAUCGCCUGUCACUACUAAUUCUCCUGUUAACUUACAGUCACAGUCAAUCGCAGAUGAAAUCAUUGCCGCAGUAGAGAGUGACGCACGUAAUAUGAACUCAUUUCCUGAGCACACAGUGAGAAAGCGUUCUGCCUCAGAGAGCUUUCCUAACUCAUCAGACAUGGACUUAUCCUCACCUAGACUCUCUAGGUCAGUGGAUCCGCAAAUGCAAGCUGUGUCCUGUCAAUACUUUGCACAAUCUCAGGAUAUGUCAUAUACUUCUGAUGUGGAGUCAGAAAGACUGACUAGUUACAGCUCAGAUGAAACAGGUGUUACAGACAACCUGCACAUAGGCCCUGCGGAUCACCUAGCAACGGGGCCCGCACUCCUGGGAAACGCCAUAUGUAAGAUUGAGAAUGAAGAUUUCAGCUGUAACAACGGAGCUAAACAUAUUGAGGUGGAAAAUGAAAGCUCCAAUACUAUAAAUGAUAUUGUAUUACCGUUAGACAAUAUCUUUGAAGAACCCAUUAAUCUCUCAGUUAAGAAGCCUGUAGUUUCCGAACCCAAAAGGAUAUUGACACACACUCAGCCAUCGCCCAUCAAACAACUGAAAAACGAAGAUUCUAAUAACUGUUUUCAACAAAGAGUCACAGAGGACAAUAAAAAUAAUGAGAACUCCAACAGAUUGGAAACAAAAGAGACUAAAAUCCCUUAUGUACGUUUGGAACGUCUGAAAAUCUGUACCCCAGGCACAGGUGAACUCCCAGUAUUUAAAGUACAGCCUUCAAAGAAAGAUGACGAAGGUUCCUUGCGCUUGCUUAUUAAAUAUGGCACCCAGUCCAAAAGUAUGUCUAUCAAGGUAAACCCAGACACCUCAAAUCCUUCAAUGCCCUCCACAGAUAUUUCACCGCAACCUACAUUACCAUAUGGACCUGAAGGGAUAGCUCACAUUUCAGCGCCUUCGUUUCCACAGCUACCUCAUCACAUGAAAACCGUGUCAGGUGCUAAUUCCUGUAUCGCUAGAAACCAAUCUAAACCUUCUGCAGAGACCCUGAGCAGUCAGAAGUCUGAUCCUGACCGUACAGCUAAUGUGCUACCACUGGUCAUGAAAAAGUUUGGCAACUCUGACGACCGAAAUCAGAUUGAAAAUGAAGAUUUCUGUGCUGUUUGUUUAAAUGGAGGCGAGAUGCUGUGUUGUGAUCAAUGCCCAAAAGUGUUUCAUCUCUCUUGUCAUGUGCCAGCCCUUCUCAGCUUUCCAGUUGGUGAAUGGGUUUGUACCUUGUGUCGGAGCCUGACCAAGCCAGAAGUGGAAUAUGAUUGUGAUAACAUUCGCUAUAGUCGUGAGUGCAGGCUGGAGGAGGUGGUAGCUUUACCAAACCUCAGUGAUCUUGAUCAAAGGAAAUGUGAAAAACUGGUCCUUUCCUUGUGUUGCAACAGUCUCAGUCUUCCGUUUCAAGAGCCUGUGAGUCCUUUAGCGCGUCAUUAUUACCAGAUCAUUAAACGGCCAAUGGACCUAUCAAUUAUUCAACGAAAACUUCAGAAACGGAACGUACCACAUUACUCUUCACCUGAAGAGUUGGUAUUUGACGUUCGGCUUAUGUUUUGGAACUGUGCCAAGUUUAACUAUCUCAUAAAAAUCAAUAGAGGAACGAGCAAUCUUAAACAGCAAACCCCACCCUUUGGUACAUGUACCACUGACGGUGCUCAGACUACACCUACGUGGUACAUGGAAGAUUCCGAGGUGGCAGAAGCUGGUAGAAACCUUGAGCUAUUUUUUGACAAAAUGGUGAAAGAAGCUUAUCCAGACAAGAUAUUUCUUUAUCCACAAGAAGAGGACUCUGAUACUGAUGAGAUCGGCAAUGAGAACUGUUCCAUGAGUUUGAAAGGGUUUCACUGGCCUUCAUAUGGCCAGGAGUGUGUGCAACCCAAACGAAGACGACGGCACACAGUCAACCAGAAGACAAAAGACUUCAGCCUUUGCUAAACCUCUAGUUGUAACUGUGAUAUCUUCUAAACUGCCAACAAGAUUUGCACGAGGACACCCUGUGUAUGGAUGACAUGAUGGUAGUAAAUAAAUAAACUUAAUGUAAAUAGUUUACAGAAAUAAUUGUCAAAGAAGGUAAUGCCAUCAGGUGGGUAAAGAUAUAACCUCAUUGCCCAGUCAUAAUAAGCCACAAGACAAUGUCCUUUUUUCUGAUAAGGACUUUUUUUUAUAUAUAAAUAAAUUAUAAAAGCCGAUACCUUAAGUAUCUUUGAUGCAAUUGGUUGUUCAUCACCAUAAUGGUCUCAUCAUCCCAUGGAUCAUUUUCUUGACCAUUUAUUGGAUGUCCUCUGACUAACAGCUUUUCUUACUCUUGCCAAUAUUAUAUAUCGGGAAAAAAAUAACGAAAAUAAACUUAGUUUGCAGUUAUUUUGCUCUCUGUUCCUAGUAGGCUAAUUUGUGAUUUUUGAAAAUACACGAUGAACACCCUGUUUAACAAAUGAGAAAAGUCAACAAGAACUUUUUUUUUACAGUGAGUAACUUUCUUGCUAUUUCCAUAUAAUCCACAAAUCAAACCAGGAAACAUUAAAAUCUCUGUUUUCUCUUGAAAUGUAGUAAGAGAUUUUGAUAGAAUUUGUGACCUUACAUCUUGUAUGUCAGUUGUCUGAUAACUAUUGUUUGGUAUUACAACAUAGACAGCUGCUGUCAAAAAUAAAACUGGAAUUGAUAUAAAA